AUGGGCCCCAAACACCAUGAUCAAUCCGACACCCACAAGUCAGACGAAGACAUCCCCGCUUGCCAAUCCUGCCGCCGCAAAAAGGCCCGUUGCAGUCGCGAGCAGCCGUGCUCGCAGUGCGUUAGAUUCGACGUGGCCUGUAUUUACGACGACCGCAGGUUGAAGCCUGGCAUGCGAGCCGGUGUUGUGGACAGUUUGUCGCGCCGGAUCGAGACGCUCGAGAACAUGUUUCUUGGCCAGGAGAUUCUCUGGAAGCAGAUGUGGGAGACGCUGCACCCGGGCUCGCAGUUUCCUGGUUUGCCUACGGAUGACCGACAGCUGGAUGGAGAAAGCACGAGCGCGGAUGGUAUUCAGGACAGUCGGGAGAAACUAAAGAUUUCACUCCUUGAAGUCGCUGCAUCGCAUAAGAACUCUGUUGGUGCUUCAGACGGGCCCCGCCCCAAGAGACAGCGGACGGAGGUCUCGCUAGGCCCCUCGCCGGAUCCAGAGAAACAUACCAUAAGUGCAGCGGACAUUAUUGACUCUGACCUCCUGGGUCUUUUCGUUGAUUUCUAUUUCGACAAUAUUCAUCAUUGGAUCCCGAUUCUGCAUGUUAGCCGGUUCUGCAAGAACAUAGAAUCCGCUGCCGGACGAACGAAGUCGAAGUAUAUAAUCUACGCCAUAAUAGCAGUGUGCAUUUGGUUUGUGGAUGACCACCGGUUAGCGGACGAGGACAAAAAAACACGCAUCGCCGAGAGCUGUCGCCAGAAAGUUCUUCUCUGUAGCAUGGAAUCCUUCUCAGUCCAAAACCUGCAGGCGUUGGUGAUUAUCGCAUUCGAUACAAUUGCUCGCGGCCGGGGACCUUCAUCCUGGUCCGUCGUGGGCAGCAUGGCUCGGACCGUGGAACAGCUCCAGCUCAGUGUCGAAGAGGACGAUCUUUAUAGACGAAACCAGCCGGGUGAGACUCUGAUCCGACGCAUGGCGUUCCUCAAGCCGUCGACCUGCUGGAGGGAAGCCGAGGAGCGGCGGCGGGUAUUCUGGACUGUCUUUCUGAUGGACCGCUUCUGCAGCGUUUCCACCGGAUGGAACGUUAGCCUCACUAGUGCAGAUGUCAAGCGUCGAUUACCCUGCGAGGGAGCACUCUGGCACCGCGAAGAGGAAGCCAGGGCGCCCUACUUUGGCAUUUCCGAUACAAAAGAGACGGGACCUGGACAACAUCGGCCGGGCUCUUUACUGGUUAAUGUCAACAGCCCGCUCUCGACAGACCCCACCGAACAAGACUGCAUCGGUGGCUUUGCAUAUUGCAUCGAAGCUACCGAAUCGCUCGCUCUCGUAUCGAGUUUCUUUGUGCACCAGCCUCUGAACGUGCAGAACGCGGACGAGGCACAACACUGGUUAAUGCGGUUCAAGGAAUUAGACCUGCGUCUUGUCCAAUGGAAACUCUUCCUACCACCAAAAUGGCGCGAGGCCUCAACUCUCAAUGCCGACGGCAUCAUGGACUCAAACCUAACACUCGCUCACAUUACCCACAACACCGCCGUCAUCCUUCUCCAUCAGGCAAUAGCGUACCCACCACAUCACUGGAAAUCUUCCCCGGUGAAACUACCUUCUUCCUCUUCUGCUGAAACGUGUGUCGAGGCUGCGACGGAGAUUAUGACCCUCGGUCACCAGUUCCUGUUAUAUUCACGCAUGCUGACGAACCCGCAAUUUUCGUUUUGUCUGUUCAUCGCGGGACGCAUGCUUCUCACGCACUCGAAGAUUUAUUCUAACGCGAACCGCAUCAAUGGGACUUUGGAUACGUUGAUCGCUAGUCUGUUUGAGAUAUCAGGGCGAUGGGCUGGGCCGCGUCAAGCCAACGGGACCGAGAAAGAGAACCUGGCAUCUGUUUUUGCCAAACGACUCGUCCAAGCGCGUGGCCUUGAUGAUAGCGCUAACGUUCGCCCCAUCCCAAAACCUCUGAGUCUUGAUAUCCGGCAGACUGUAUACUGCGAAGCGGAAGAUGUUGUUGUCCCUUCCAACCAGAGCGUGGACGCACCAAGCCGAGGACAAGUACUAGAAUAUCAACAAGCGCAGGUACAAGAGCCUUGUGGACCUGGGACAGUAGAGUCGCCUGUCGCAGCAAAUCCUAGUCACCAAAUUGACCUAGCAAACUUCGACCCAGCUCUGACAUCGGACCCAUCGUUGACGCUAGCGUUCCCACCCCUUCCUUUGUCGUUUCAGCAGGGCUCCGCUUCGUUCUCUGAUAUAAAUGCGGGGGCGGGCUCGUUUGAUUUGGGCUUUGAAGCGGGAAUGCGGAGUCAGGAAGGGUACGGGUGGGGUGGGAUGGCCGAUGCGCCGUUCUAUAACGGUGUCAGUCGUUAG